UUUCUGCUCCUGUCAUCGAAAAACAAUAUAUUUACACAUAUUAGUGAAACAGGUAACAUGAAUACAGGAAGUUACGAUUCAGGUCAGAUAAAUUGGAACAAUAUGGGUAAUACGAGUGCUCCUCAACCAGGUGGCCAAUUUUCGGGGUCAACAGGUGAUGGAUCAGUAUGGGGUCCCGGACCUACCCACAGAAGAUCUCUGACGUUUGAAACCAUUUGGACCACCAAUUCAAACCACUCAUCAAUUCUGAGUGCAGGGGGGGUGCCCCACAGCCCCCAGGACUUGGAUGUAUUUGGGUUUGCACCAAUGGCAAAUGUGGCAAGUGGUAUAAAUACCAAUGUGAUGAACCACAAUCCCACCAUGAUACAUCAGAAUGCCCUAAAUCAAAGCCCUCUGAUCCAUCAGAUUCCGGGAGAUAACCCCAUGAACCCCCCGGUGGGCUACGGUAUAAACUUACAUCCCCGGUCCAUGGGUCUGAUGAGUGGUGCUACAAUGAGUCCUCAAAUUGGAUCGGGGCCUUUUGGUGGUGGGUUUGUGAACCAUCGCAGCUCGAUCGGAUCGUCUGACUCGCACCCAGGAGACUACUCGUGGGACCACCGCCGCCAUUCACAGGGCGAUGUGCCCUUGGGUUCUCCCAAAAAUACCAACGCUUCGAUCGACUUGAAGACGACCGCCAACACACCUGGAGAUCACGCCGCUUCUUCUCCCGCCUCCAACGACCCGGCACAGCUUGUAAAUGAAUACUUUGAUGCAGAUCCGCAUCGUCGUGUGACAGUCACACUCCACCGUCUUCAGGAACAGUAUUACGGCGACACCCCCACGCCCAACGUGCUGUUGCCCCGGUUCCCGUCCGAACCGUCAUUGCGCAAUUCCCAGCUUGUUCUUGUGGCCUUCAAGGCCGGUAGACUCGAUGUAUUUACACUUCCUGGCCCCAGUUCGCAUCCCGAGUUGGGCCAGGUACGUCCUGGAGACCUUGUAAUUGUGGAGGCUGACCGAGGACGGGACUUGGGCCGGCUUGUGCAGUUGGACGUUUCGAUUGACGAGGCUCGGUGGUUGAAAUAUUUACAGUUUCAAGAGCAGCAGCACGCGUUGACUGACGAAGAAGCCAACCGGCGUGGUAGUGGCCAUUCAGAAGACCACGACCAUCUGCAACCAGUGUUGCACCUCCCCAAAGCAGUGGUAUCGUUUGCACUGCAAACAGAGGUGUUGAGGGUGCUCAACAAGCAACAAGACGAAGAAAAGGCAUGCCGCUUGUGUGUGGCCAAAAUCUCAAGUCUCACAUUGGGAGCACAUGGAGAGGGCCUUGCAAACAUGCAGUUAAUCGAUGCCGAAUACCAGUUUGAUCGAAAUAAAUUGAUCUUCUACUACGCUACCAAUCGCCGGAUUGACUUUCGUGAUUUAGUACGGGAGUUGUUUCGCAUCUACAAAACAAGAAUUUGGAUGUGUGCUGUGGUUGGGAUCCCCUUUUCCCGCCGGUCGUCUAUGGUGACUCCCAUUCACUUUAACCUGCCAUUUCCCACGUCGGUGCCUCGCAACUUUAGCGAUAACAACUCCACUAACGAGGAGACCGACACCGGCGAGCUGUUUGUGUUGAAGUCACUUGUCGAUCAGAUCAAUCACUAACCAGUUACGAAAUUACGACUUUAGAGGACUUAGAUAGGAAUACAUACUUUGGUUUUUGC